CAGGAGGGGUGAUGUGAGCACGCCCGGCGGACCGUGACAGACUAACAGAGUUCAUCGUCACAUGGGUGAGGUCUGCAUGCAAAGCAGCUGGGGUUCUCAUGAGAACGCAGCGGGCUUUGGUUUGAGAACAGGAGAAGAACGCCGCAGAGAACAUCCAGAGCCAUGGGCAUGAAGAAUUCCCACCCUAAGCUGUUCCCAGGAGACAUCGUGGAGUAUCCCAGGAACAAAUACUUCUCUCAUUUCGGAAUAUACUUCGGAGAACGGGACGGCGUUCCCUACGUGGCUCACCUGACAAGCAGAGACGCCGACACAAAGAUCCUGCUGUUCGGCCGGGCCCUGAGGUCGGAGAUCAAGCUGGACCCUCUGGAGAUGCUGGGAACUAAAUACAAGGUCAACAACAUGCUGGACGGCACGCACUCGCCCAGAGACUUCCACAACGUGGUGAAGCCGGCCAUCGAGGACAUGAUGGGCCGGGAGGUGACCUUUGACAUCCUGUUUCACAACAGCGAGCACCAGGCGACGCUCUUCAGAUACGGGGUGAAGAAGUCGCAGCAGAUCGAGCUCAUCUACGAACACAUCAUGCCGGCCUGGAAGAAGCUGAUUCUGGAGAAGAAGCUGUGAAGGGAGCCGAUGUCACCGUCUACCACCAGGGGGAGCCCUCAUCCUGGUUUCAGGCUGAAAGACAUUUUUUAGGAGCGUCUCCACCUCCUGCACUCUUUCCUCCUCCU